AUGAUACUACCAGAGGAGCCUCCGGAUGGUGAUGUUAACAAAGGCCAUAUCAUCAUCAUUCUAACUUGGACUGGAUUCAGCAUAUCUCUUCUGCUUGUCAUAGCUAGAAUAUGGACGCGGGUCAAAGUCGUGAGAGCGUUUGGCUGGGACGACGGAUUUAUUAUACUUGCUCUGGCUUGCGCUGUGGUCAACGCUGCGAUGAUUACCACCAGUAUAGUCCACGGCACUGGGCGACAUCAAUUUUAUCUCACCAAAGAGGAAGCAAUGCAAGCAGAUAAAUACAAUUGGAUCUCUCAAGGGUUCCACGUUGCAUCUACGAACUGGGCCAAAGUAUCUAUCAUGUUAUUCCUCCUGCGCAUUAUUGGCCAUGCAACUCGACAAGCUCCUUACUUCUACGGCGGCAUGGUAUUUCUGUCCGUCGUCAACUUCGUCUGUAUCUUCACCAUCUAUGGCCAAUGCAUGCCUGUGGAGUCAUUAUGGGAUCACAGCAUCAAAGGAAACUGCUGGAAUCCUCGAAUCCAGAGAGAUUUUGCGUUUUUUACCGGAGCCGUUUCGGCCGCGUCAGAUCUUGCACUGGCCAUUUAUCCCGUGCGGUUGAUAUCGAAACUGCAAAUGCCGCUCCGAGUGAAACUUGGCUUGGCGGCCAUCUUUGCACUUGGAUUUGUAGCGGUGGGUGCUUCUGUCGUCAAGACAAUAUUUCUUUCGCGCCUCUCUGCCCGUGCAGACUACUCGUGGAACACGAUAGACCUCGUUUUCUGGCUGUGCAUUGAGCAAUAUCUGAUCAUGAUUGCUGCCUGUAUCCCAAUGUUGGGUCCACUCGUCAGACUCAUCCUCAGAGAGGCCACCUCCCGAGCAACCGGGUCAUCAGGGUCAACGUCAUGGCCCCGUAGCAUGUUACGAAAGCCUGCAACGAAAAGAAAGCCACUUCCAUAUUGGGCAACUGACAUCAGUUUGUAUGGGACCAAGGAAGAAGGGACAACGAUAUAUGGAGUGAACCCAAACAUGAAGACCCGUUGCUACCCUCUCAAUUCCUAUCACAGUGGCGUCGAGCAGCAGACAACUACCGAGAGUCAGGAGGCCAUUGUCCAGGGUACAGAUGGCCAGAGAGACGCCAUUGUCAAAGUCAGCGAGGUGCAUGUCAAAAUCGAAAGUCUAGAGCCGGACCGGAGAUCUUCACGCUCGGUGACGUUUGAAAACAGUGCUAUUACAACGAAUCCUGAUGAAAACACUCAAAAAUCAAAAUUCGAGAAGAUAAAGGAGGUUCCAGUUUGA